UGGGGGUAAGCAGAUAAAGAUCAAAUUUUCAUUUUUGGGUGAACUAUCCCUUUAAGGCAUCUUUACACAGCCAAUUUAUGGCUGCUCUGCGGGUCUGUAUCUGCUCAGAAUUCAGUGUAAAGACGCAAUGCCGCAUUAAAGAAGACCUAAAAUACACCGGGUCUGACCCACCUCAGCCCCUAGUAGUACACUAUGGGUUCAAAUGUACUAUAAGUAGUAUCUAAAUACAUUUUUUAAAUACAGAGAUAGAAUAUUAAAAGCACAUUUAAGUACAUAUUUCAUGUUGUCUCAAAAUGGCACAGUUGAGUACACUUAGAUGUUCUUAAGAUGAUCUUAAGUAGUACUAAAGAAGAAUUUUUAGUAUAUUAAGUACAAAAUUAGUGUGUGAAAAUAGAGCACUUUAAGUACACUAUAGAAAUGUACUUUUUUUCACCUGGGAUGUUUUGUUUAUGUGUUUCACUUACGUUUUGUGUUUGUAUAUUUAUUAAAGUGUUUGAACAUUUGCCACCUUCUUCAUUGAUCUCGUUACACUGGUGCCAAAACCCGGGAGGAAUGAGGCAGGAACCAGUGAAUGUUUAAUACACUUUAAUAAUCAUAAAAUAAACACCCAAAACUAAAGUAAAACCCGCAGCCCCUCACGGACGACAGCCGCACACAAAACAUAAUUAGUCCAGGCCUGGUCCUCUCUCGUCCUUCACGCUGCCUGCAAGAUCAUUGCCUGGUCAGCAAGACAACAAGUCAGCUGCUUAAUGUAGCCUUCGUCUGUUCUUUGUUGUGUGUUAACGUUUCAUGCUGGUAUGUAUCACAGUCUCUAUAUUAUGAUAUCUAGGUGAAAGAGAUAUGUGUUGGGGUUUAUCUGAUUUCUGUGAUGUGAGGUGGCUAGCAGAUGCUCCAUUUAGCCAGUCUGGCUGCUUCUGAAUUUCUCUUCUGUAAAACACUUUGUAAACACUGUUUUUAAAAGGUGCUAUAUAAGUAUAACUUUAUCUACAUAAAAGUUACAACUAUAACUCAAUACAACUGUUGUGUACAUUACAUUUUUCAACAAUCUGUACUUUAUCAGAGUAUUCUGACACAAGGACGCCUCUGCCAAAAGAGUGUCUGCAUGUCUUUAUGUUUGAAUUAGUAAGUUGAUAACUCAUUCCUUCAUUUUAUUUUUAAGUGCCACUCGUAGUCCUCCAGAGUUUAUGGAAUCAUGUAAUGGUUUGUACCGCAGACAGAUAUUUGCGGUAUGGUGUUUGCUGCCACUGUUUUGAGUUGUGUGUGUUUGCAAUGAAUGCUGACCUAGUUGCAUGUAUAGAUCUGUUUUGGUCUUCUCUCUCAAGCAGAGUAUAUCCAUCUUUUGACUUGCGGCCACAAUUUUUUUUUUUUUUAUCUCCCUGGGUCCACAUACUCAUCUCUUUAUCAUUCCCAUCAUUCUGAAUUCUUCUUUAUGAAUGAAGUAGCCUUGAUUCUUCUCUCACUGGAACUUGGCCAUUACGGUCUCUUCUCAGUAGUGACUGCACCACAAAAGCUACUGGUCAGUGCUAUUAAAAGAGUUGGUGGAAAAAUGUUUUGUCAAACGGGAAAAAAGCCAUAUAGAUUUUUGCUUUUGAAAAUCUUAAAAAUAUGCAUUGUCCACACAAUAAGUAUGUUUUGUUUCAACAGCUACAGUGUUCUCUUGUGUAAUAAUGACACAACUAUUGUGACUUGAGUGGCAAAAAGAGAACAUUUGGAUACACACCAGUCAGUGGCUGAGCAUAAAGACAACAUGGCAACUGGGCAGGAACCUGGAAAAAAGGAAAAACAUGGCAACAUUCUUCAGCUGCAACACGAUUGCAAGCAGAGAGAAGACAGUGAGAAAAGAGAAUCGGGAAAAGAACCAUCCCAAUGUGAAGACAAGGAUCAGAUCAAAUUGGAAAACAUCAACAAGCUCUUUAAUAGACUCGAACUCAGUCGUGAAAACUCUUACAAACUGUCAAGAGACUUUCUGCAGGUAACUCCUCCACAACAAAGGCAUGAACCUUGUAAUGAGAAGAAUUUGGUUCAAACAUAUAUACAAGGACUCCUGAUGGCAGAUUACACAGCAAGAUACAUUCCAAUGGAAGAAGAAAAAAGUGAGGUGCUUAAUGCAAAAGGCACCAUGGUUUCUGAUGUGCAAGAGGGUAAUGCCUUUGAAAGCAUUUUCAAGAGGUCUGUGUAUGUUGAUACGAGCAAAGGACAUCCCAUUCACCCAAUGGACAUUCAGAUGGCAGUGUUUCUCUGUGCAGAUAAUUUCCUUCGUCAGCUCAUGGUAACAAAACUCUCACAAUGUCAGUAUGCUCUUCCUCUGCUUGUGCCUAAUAUAUUUACCAAGGAGAUUGAAUUUCCCCUGUGGACCUUCAGGCAAUUUAAGAAAAGCUGGAAGUCCCAUGAAGAAAACAUCAGUAAAAACCAGACAAUCUACAAGGCUGAGACACCUAUGGUUGCCUUUUUUAGAUUUUCAGCAGUUUCUUCAUCCAAAUCUGAAUUAAUGAACAACCUGAUCAAUGAACGGCAUGAAACUUUCUUUCACAGACACUGCCGUGGAAGCAGCAAAUCCCGCCUGCUGAUGGAUGGAGUGGUUGAGAUCGCCUGGUACUGCCCUUCUGGAGAGAAAACUGAUAAAUUCACGGAUUGUGUUGCCUUCUGUAAUCUUCAUGGUGAUGCACAAGCUAAUGACACACAGCUACAAAUAUUGACUGAUAAGUCCUCAGUAAAUGUAGUGCUUUUGCCAAAUCUUGAUAGGAGUGACAAAAGUAUGAAAAUAGUGGAAGAACUUUUCAACGGCUCAAAGCCACUCAUUUGCCUUCUGACUGAAGAUGACUCAGGUGUUUCCAAGAUAAAGCAAGGCAAAUAUACAAUUGGCCUGAAAGAAAGAAAUAGAUCAGAUAUAUCAGAGGAGCUUAGAAGAACCAUCAAUGAGUGCCUCUCAAAACCACUGUCAGUUUUCAAACUUGAGAAUAUGGGUGAACAUUCAGGAAUCAAAGUUGAUGAGAAUGAUGAUGACUGCAGGAGAGGAAAAGAGGCAGCAGAGAAGAUGAUGAGACUACUUGAGACCAAGGAAAUGUCCAAAAUCAAAGAAACAUUUCUGCCUUGUCAGGGAAAACUGUGGCACAACUGGUGUCUAAAGAACAAAGAACUACAUCGACCUCAAGGGAACAACAUUGAAAUGCAUAACAGCCAAAAACAAACAGAAAUGCACAAAAUCCGUGAGCAGCAGAAAAAAAUUGGCCUCAGUGAAUUCUUAAAAUUGUUUAUUGAAAAACAAAAUUCCAUAAAUAGAGCUGAGAAGAUGUAUUCCCUUAAAUGGUUGGGGAUCUUCCUGGACGAAUAUACUUCAAAAGAUCUCUGCAAGCUUCAUCAUGAGUAUUAUGAAACAUGGUCAAAAGUGCUGGAUUUGAAAAAGGAACAUGAUAAAUCUGCGCAACUGACAGAAGAACAGUCACAGCUAGAGAAGCUAUCUGAAAAACUGAAUUUAACAUCAUUUGGCUUGGAGCACAUAUUAAGAGAGAUUGCCCAGAUAUAUGAGUCACACGUAUCUGUGAGAAAGAAUAAAAGAUCUGGAUGUAAACUAGAUUCUCUCCCACAGUUUGCUGCAGAGCUCAUGAUCUGUGGAUACCCACUGGAGCUGAUGGAUGGUGAUGCAGCUCAUGUUCCUCUGAUUUGGGUUCAAGCGGUUCUAGAUGAACUCAUCAGAAUGCUGGGAGACCAAAAAGUCUUUGUGUUGUCAGUUUUGGGGAUUCAGAGCACUGGAAAAUCCACCAUGCUGAAUGCCAUGUUUGGACUUCAGUUUGCUGUAAGUGCUGGGAGGUGUACCAGAGGAGCCUUCAUGCAGCUGAUCAAGGUGUCCGAAGAACUGAAAACCCAGUUAAACUUUGACUACAUCAUUGUUGUCGAUACUGAGGGACUUCAUGCUCUAGAGUUGGCUGGCAGGUCAACAAGACAUCAUGAUAAUGAAAUGGCAACAUUUGUAGUCGGUCUUGGAAGCAUGACUUUGAUCAACAUCUUUGGUGAGAAUCCAGCUGAGAUGCAGGACAUUCUUCAGAUUGUUGUUCAGGCCUUCUUGAGGAUGAAGAAGGUGCGACUGAAUCCCAGCUGCAUGUUUGUGCAUCAGAAUGUUGGAGACAUCACAGCGGGCGAGAAGAACAUGGUAGGGAAAAGGCGCUUACAGGAGAAACUAGAUGAGAUGACUCAACUAGCUGCUAAAGAAGAGGUCUGUGGUGCAGAAUGUUUCAGUGACGUCAUUGGAUUUGAUAUAAAGACUGAUGUGAGGUACUUUGCCCAACUCUGGGAAGGCAGCCCACCAAUGGCUCCACCCAAUCCAGGUUACAGUGAAAAUGUGCAGGAGCUUAAGAACACAAUCCUAUCCCGUGCCUCACAAUAUAAUUGUGUGACACUGGCACAAUUCAAAGAUCGUAUUGGAGACCUCUGGAACGCUCUUCUGAAUGAAAACUUUGUUUUCAGUUUUAAGAAUACUUUGGAAAUUGCAACAUACAGAAAAUUAGAAGAGGAGUAUGCAAAGUGGACCUGGAGUCUCAGAAGUGCCAUGCUGGAGAUUGAAGACAAAUUGCACAACAGAAUCAAUAACAAGCAACUACAUAAAGUUGAGAGUAGAGACUUGGAAAAGGAGAUGGCAGAGACCAAUGAAGAGGUGAAACAGUCCAUGAAGCUUUACUUUGAAGAACACAAAGAAAAGGAGAUGCUGAUUCAGUGGAAAUUGAAAUUUCAAGAGAAAAUCAACCACCUUCAUUGGGAGCUUGUAAGAGAUGCAAAAAGAAAACUAGAGAACAUUAUCUAUCAAAAGAAAGCUCUCACCAAACUGGAUGGAGAGAAAACUCUGCUUGAGCGAAAACUCCUUGAGAAAAGCAAAGAGUUUGCAUUCAGGCUCAAACAAAAAGGUCUUGAGGAGAAUGAGCUGAAGGCACAAUUUGAUAUAGUGUGGGAAAAGUGGGUCUCUGAGUUGGCAGGGAAUGUUCAACCUUUUGAAGAACUUAACGUAGUUAGUGACAUAAUUACAAUAAUAUCUGAAAUUCAUGAAAAAGCGCUUGUGCUUGACAGAUUAAAUAAAUUUGAACGCAUACAUCAAAUCACUGAUUUCACUACAUAUGUAAAUCUCAUCGGAAAAUUCUGGAAAAACAGACUGUUUGGCCUUCCACCAGAAGAACAAGAGUCAAUACAACAAUUGGUGUACACUAUUGGUCGUGAAACUGUGAACCAGGUGAAGUCAAAAUCAGUUGCAAACACAGGCUACAACCCAAGCUACAUUCAAGAAAUUGCACAACUUGUAAAAAUGAAUGUAGGAAACCACAAGUGCAAAAAAGCACAGUAUGAAUUCAAGAAAGAGUUCACAGUUGAUCUGACGAUCAGUGCAUGUAAGUGGGCAGGUGACAAGUUUGCAGUGCUUCAUCAGGUGUUCAGAAACAACAAUGAUCCUUCGAUUUAUUUAGAGAGAAAGAAACCAGAAUACUUCAGUGUGUUCCAGGGAUUCUGCAAAGGAGCAAAAUCUGCUGCAAUUUUUGGAGCCUUGAUUUGUAGUGAGCUGAAAAACCCGAUACUCCAGAGUGCCUACAACAAGGCUGCAAAUGAUCUUGCUGGAGAGAUGCGGACAAAUAUUCCAGCAUUCAAAGGCAACAGGUCAAACCUAGAGAAACACAUUCUGAAAGCACUAGCAGAGGAGGAGGACUUUCAAAAGUUCAUUCAGUACAUACAUUUACCAAGGAGCCACUUUGAAGAUUUUAUCAAAGCUGAAGUGAAAGCAUAUAUAACAGGGGAGAACUCCUCAGCUCUUGCAAUGAUUAAUGGGAACAUCAAGAACAAGGGGCAAUGCGUCAUCACGGCUGCUGAAAAAGCAACAUCUGAAGUCUCAAUGAAACAUGGAGAUGCCAAUAUGUGGCUGGAGAUAUUCUCAGACUGUCUGAAAGACGAGCUUGAAUACAGUAAAGAACAUCUCACUGGUAUCUGCUGUGAGGACAUCACUAACUUUGAACUUCUAAAUGAGGUUGUGAAAGAAGAACUUCAGCCCAUCACAGAAGAGUCAAACAAAUACUUAAAAAAGCCCUCUGAUAUUGAAAUGAAAAUGUUCAGAGAACCACCAGAUGACAUUUUGAUUGAACACUUCUGCCAAUGCUGCUGGGUUCAGUGUCCCUUCUGUGGUGUCGUCUGUGUUAACACAAUGGAGGACCAUCUUGGAGAUCACAUUGCUCCCUUCCAUCGUAACUGUGGGAUGAGAGGGAUGAUUUACAGAGGUACAGAUAAUCUUUGCUUGGAAUUCUGCACAUCUUCAGUGGCAAGUGACAGCCAAUCCUUUUACCCAACAUCUGACUCGGAUGAGACAGUUUUAUGGAAGGAGUAUAGAACAGCAGGUCCCGAUUUUGAGAAAUGGAGCAUCACGCCUGAUGUCUCACAGCUGCCAUUCUGGAAGUGGUUUGUGUGUCGAUUUAAGAAUGAUUUAGAAAAGCAUUAUAACAAAACUUUCAGUGGUUAUGGUGAGAUUCCAAAAGAAUGGAGUUCAUUCACAAAAAAGCAAGCUUUGGAGAGUUUGGAGAAAUACCUGUAAGUUUAAUUGAUGCCUUAAAUUUUUAAAGUGGAACCAAUAGAGUUUAUUUCCAAUAAGCUGUUGUUCUCACCACUUUCUAAAGGCCUUUUUAUGAAAGAUGUCAUUAUAAAUAAAUUUAUGUCAGAUUUUUUAUUAUUUUAUAUAGAAAUUAUCAUGUGUACCAUUGGUUUUCUUUGAUGUUCAGGGUUUUUGAUUGGUAUUUGGUUUUAAUUACAUAAUUUGUAAAAACGUUUUUAAGUCUACUUUUUGUGACUGAAGUUUUUAGUAACAUUGUUAAAUUUACCAUCAUAUUCUUAGGAUUCCAAUACAAUUAUACUGUACUUUUUACAAAAAUAAUUUUAAUAAAACUUUAUUUCCCUUGA